ACGACCAUCCCAGCUGGUUGGAAAAAGCUUGACAGAAGGGGUGACCGACCGGUAGAUGUGUGUCAUAACGUCUCUGUUUAUGAUUAAAUAACAUUUACUUUUGACGUUGUAUGCAUUAAUGCAAGUGGAAACAGCGUGGGACCGUAUCCGUCCUGUCGGGAAAACCGAUUAGUUAGCUUUUUACAAAUAAUAAUUCCUCGUUUUGGUUAUCCAGUUGAUCAGACGUGUCAGUCUUGUUGAUUUUUUUUAUUUUUUAUCUCGAUAGCUGGCUGGCCAUUUUCAGAUAAAGAAGGGCGAUCAACGUGGAUUAACUGGACCAGUUACCUACAGUACGAUGAGUACCUUGGAUUCUGUGGAUCGAGUUGAACUGUGCGAGAGCCUUUUGACAUGGAUCCAGACGUUUGGAUUGGAGGCACCAUGCAGAACAGUGGACGAUCUCACAAGUGGAGUUGUCAUGGCCCAGGUUCUACAGAAAAUAGACAUUGUGUAUUUCACUGACAACUGGAUCAGUAGGAUCAAGCCCGAGGUGGGAGAUAACUGGCGGCUAAAGAUCAGUAAUCUAAAGAAGGUGUUGAAAGGUAUACUGGACUACAACCAGGAGGUCCUUCAACAGCAGAUCAAUGACUUCACCCUGCCAGACAUCAACCUGAUAGGAGAACACUCAGACGCUGCAGAGCUGGGCAGGAUGCUGCAACUCAUACUAGGCUGUGCUGUCAACUGUGAGCAGAAACAAGAGAACAUCCAGACCAUAAUGAUGCUGGAGGAAUCUGUUCAACAUGUUGUCAUGACAGCCAUUCAAGAGCUGAUGAGCAAAGAGUGCCCAGUUAUUGGAGGAAAUGAAUCGUACGCUGACAUCGAUAGACAGCUGAAGAAGACCGUGGAGGAUCUGAACGACGCUCUAGUCACCAAGGAGGAGAUCGCACAGAGAUGUCACGAACUGGACAUGCAGGUGGCAGCGCUACAGGAGGAGAGGGGUAGUCUCCUGGCUGAGAACCAGAUCCUCAUGGAGCGUCUCAACCAGUCUGACUCCAUAGAAGACCUGAACAGCCCUGUAGGACGUAGACACCUGCAGCUGCAGACACAACUAGAACAUCUCCAGGAGGAGACCUUCAGAAUGGAGGCAGCGAAGGAUGACUAUCGGAUCCACUGUAGGGAGUUGGAGAAGGAGCUGACAGAGCUGAGGGGACAGAAUGAAGAGCUCACAUCCCUGGCUGACGAGGCCCAGACACUGAAGGACGAAAUGGAUGUACUCCGACACUCGUCAGACAAGGUGUCCAAGCUGGAGGUCAUGGUGGAGUCGUAUAAGAAGAAGCUGGAGGACCUGGGAGAUCUGAGGAGACAGGUCAAGCUGUUGGAGGAGAAGAACACUCUGUACAUGCAGAACACUGUCAGUCUGGAGGAAGAAGUACGCAAGGCCAACACCACGAGAGGACAGCUGGAGUCCUACAAGAGACAGGUGGUAGAGCUGCAGAACAAGCUGUCUGAGGAGUCCAAAAAGACAGACAAGAUGGAGUUUGAAUACAAGAGACUCAAGGAGAAGGUGGACUCUCUCCAGAAAGAAAAGGAUGGUCAAUAG